UGGCUAUUGUGUAGCGCCCUAUUUGACUUCCAGAUACUACUAAAAGACGAGGAGCAUUGGCGUUGGUGCAAGCUUCACACCGAAAGCGUCGCGUGAAGCAGCUGGACGCACUUGUGGACCCCUAGCAUGACAAGCUUUGGUGACGACGAUGGCCAGGGCUACAAGGCGUCUGCAGAUGACAGUGCGAUAACACUUGAGGAGAUGGAGCAGGCCGAGAUUUCCCCAGCCGCGGCCCCUUCCGUUACGCGUGUCCCGCUGCAUGGACCAGUGGAUACCUACGAUGUAAUGUGCGCGAAGGUUAUUUUCGCCCUCUGUGGCAGCGUCUUCCCACACCCACUUUUACUAGCCCAACAGAUAUUGGGUAUUGAAGAUCAGGACUUCCAGGAGUUUCAACUGAAUGUCGCGGAGGCUGGCAACAACUGCAUCGAUAUUGUUGCCGCGUACCUUACCAACCUUCGCGUGAUGCAGCAAGAGGAGGAGCCCAGCCCGCCUGUCUCCACGGCCAUGAUUCAACCACGCCAUGCCGCUACCGUAGCCUCCGUUGCUGCCAAGGCUCGGGACUUGCUAUCUGAGUUAGCGCUAGCUCGCGUUACGGUCAAACCUCGCAAGGCACCAAAGAACAAGGCCAUUGAAUCUGCUGCUCGUGCUGCAGCCGCAGCAGCUGCUGCUUCCUCCACAACACCAGCCUCCAGCGCAGCAGCGUCAGCCGCGACCAGCACCAUAUCUUGCUCAACCGGCGGUGGCAGCAGUUGCAUCAAUAGCGAGGAGAUUGCGCUGUUGGAUACUCCAUCAGACGCCUGCCACGCUUUUGUGGAGGAGUGCAUGAUUUCCGGCUUUGAGGAUGUCGAGGACGCCAGCAGCUGUCUGGGCCACCAGGACACCUCCCGCGAGGGCAACACGCCGCGCACCGUCCGUGAGGAGGAGGAGCGGCUGCUGUAUGCGCUGCAGGGACCCGACGCCGCGGAAGAAACGUUGAAGAUGGCUCGUGCCAAGCCUGCAGGUUGCAAGGGCCCUGCCGCCGCUGCCAGCGGUGAGACCGGACCCAUUGCUGACACGCCUCUGGUCGCCGCCAAUGACGACAGCAGCAUCAGCGCUACUGCCGGCGUCGCACCCUCCGCCUCCUCCCUCGUCGCCUCUGGAAACAGCGUCAGCAGCAACAGCGGCCGCGCUUCAGCUGCUCCCCCGCCACCCCCGCCCUCCCGCGCCGCCUCCACCGGCGCCGCCUCUGCAGCCCUAACCACCAGCGCCUCUGCAACCACUGCUGCUCGGCACGGCGGCCAAGACACCGCCAGCAGGGGCAGCGCUGGCAGCGGCAUCGCCACCGGCGCAGUGCCCUCCGCCGCCGCCAACCUGUCCAACGCCAUGUCGUGUCCUGUCACCGGGCUGACAGGGCUGCUGGCCUCCUCUCCAGGCGCCUCCUCCACCUCCUCGCUGCCAGCCGCGGCCGCCCCCAGCCACGUGAGCGGCGGGGCCUCUGUGGGCUGCGCUACAGCUGCGAAUGGUGCGCAGCAGCAGUCACAUAACCACCACCACCGCCGCGCGCAACACCAGCAACAGAUGGUUCAUCAGCUUCAGCAGCACCAGCAACAUCAGCUGGGUGUUACCGGCGGCAAUGCCAGGCGCAACAACGGUGGCGGUGCAGGUGGUGCCAGCGGCCUAAGGACGUCUCCUCCGCCUGCGACGUCGAGCCUUCAGCAACACCUCCAACAACAGCAGCAGCAACAACAGCAGCAGCAGCAGUUGGCAGUUGCGCAGCUGCUUGGUCUCCGUGCGUAUGGCAACAAUACUUACGGCAACCUUGCAGCCCUGCAAAACUCGUCGCUUGCAGCUGCCGCUGCUGCUGCUGCUGGCGCUUCCGGUGCCACCAACCUCGCACCCUACAACUCCGCCUCUGCUUCCUCUGGCCGCCUAGACCUCAACCUAGGUUCCUAUUCCGCCGCCGCCUUUGAGCAGUUAGCAGCCGCACAACAGGUGGCAGCGGCACAGCAGGCGGCAGCACUCAAUGCCGCCGCCGCUGCCGCCGCCGGCAACAUGCACUCCCUGAACCAGCAGCUCUGGCAGCCGGUUCCGGGGUUCAACAGCUCCGCAUUGCCCGGUCUGGGUCAGCUUUCCGGCCAGUUGGGAUCCUCUCCUAGCAGCUUGGGCGGCCUGGGCGGGGCGGCUCUUCUGCAGCAUCACCAGCACCAGCAGCAGCAGCAACAACAGGCUGCUGCUGCUGCUGCUGCCGCGACGCUGUUUCAGGCCGGCGGUGGCGGAAUGCUGCUGGCUGACAGCAUGAGCGGCAUGAAGGGCGCGGCUGCUGGCGCGACUGACCCAUGGGCCAAUAUGCUGUUGCAGGCACGGCUAGCGGGCUCCCUUGCUUGAUUGAAUGGUGCUUUCCUGCCAUUACUACUAUGCUGUUUGCUGGUGCUGCAGUUUCUGUUGGUUCCUUGUGCUGCGUUGACUGCUAGCGUUUAGAGAGGCCGGUACGGCUCUCGCCUUAACUCGCGCCCAAGAGUGCCUUUUUGGGUUUUGUUGGGUCGCAUUGCAUGCGAGGUAUGGAUUUUGACGCGUCCUGGCGUGCCCCACCUAAAAUGUAUGUCUGCCAAGCGGCGAAAAAUGGAGUCGUCUGUGGAUGAUGAGGGUUAUUGCUGGGUAUCACCGGAGAGAAAGCGGCAUGCUUGGCGUACUGCGUCCGCCUCUAUUUGGCUGGGCGACGGGGUUGAGACCGCGAGGAGCACAGAUUUGAGGGUUGCUUUGCACUUGAGAAGACCAGACGGGGUGAUGAGAGAGGGGGCGUUACGGCUUCAGGGACGCAUUCUCCCUCUCCCGUGCGCCUCGCCGCGCGUUCAAUUUCGAGCACUUUAUUUGAGCCAAGUUGAUGUUUAUUGCUACGUUCUCGGAAGCACACGCCUGUGUUUCCUGACGGACGGAUGAUGAUGCAUAACGGCAAGUAAGGGGCUUUUGCUGCACUGUUGUGGUUCCUUUGCUGCUUCCCCAUUUGGUCAAGGGGCUUUUGUAUCGGCGUCCCAUUGUUCGCCGCCUCCUAGGGAAGCGAGUGGGAGUUGCAGACGACGUACGGCCCUGCGGGGUAAUCGUUGCAGCAGAGAGAGAAAAAUGUAUGAGAGCUGUUUUACCUAAAGCUCGGAUUGCGACCCGUGGAACAUGGUUGCGACAUUACACCGAUACGCCGACCCGGCGGUUUUGGAAUCAAGCGGAUUCUCCCACUUACGCGUUUACCUGAAAUAUAGUUUUCAUCCAUGUCGAUGGCGCAACGCUUCGUUCUUGUCGAUUUGGUCAGGUCGGAUCUUGUAGGCCUAACCGAUGCGGCGAGUUAGCGUGGCCAGCGGUCGUGGAUGUGCGGUGCGAAAGGGCGCUGUGCGGUUAAAGCAAGAGGGCAUGCGUGUUUGCGCGUUGAGUAGCGGCGGGUGCGCGGGGCAUGUUGCCUCGUCGCGCUGAUCUUCUGCUUAUGGUCAAUCAGUCAGUCCGUCUGUCUACCUAGGCGCGUCCUGGUCCGCCCUGCGUUGCUUUGCCUCCGAUACUCCUAAAGUACAAGAGAUGUCACGACACAGAGGGUACAUCGCAAGUCGUAAUUGCGCGUUAAAUGUAUGUAGCCACUAGUACUGGUUUUAAUCCUUGAGUAGUUCCUCCAGAGUUUCAUGAUUUUUGGACUGUGUCGCACAGGAGUGAAGACGGUAUGGUACGACGAGGGGGGGAGUUGGCAGUAAUCGUGUCUGGCUAUUUUGCACGGGACGUUUUUUGGUUCCGCAACGCUGGAUAAAGACCCUUAGAGCUCCUGCACUUUGGCUUCUUAGGGGCUGAUUUCGUUCUAUGGAAUCGUGAGUGGCGAUUGAGGAGUGAGGGAUCCGAUGGCGUGUGUUGUAGAGGCAUGGUUGGAUGGUGAUUUCUGGGUUGGAAGGUUUGAUGAGCGAUUCAUAAUUCCGUUGUUUUGUGCCCUUUGUUGCGGUUCCGCGUAUGUUCCGCGUUGGCGUUGCUCUUGCUGUUAGUAUCGCAGUCGCAGUAUAGCACAGUGCUCCGGACCUCCAUAGCGGAGUGGCGUCCAGCACUCCGGAGCGAAUCGUAGCGGGCUGCACCUGCACUCCCCGGGAUGAAUGCGGGCCUCGAAUGUUGUACGGCAGGACAUGUGCGAACGAUGGCGGCCAGGGGCGGGUGUACGGUCCGUACCCCGCAUGCGGCUGCUCCCUUAACCGUUGCUGGACCUGACAGGAUGCAGCUGCUGUGGGUGCGUCAGUGGCGUGGCUGGGUGGCCCGUGUUCUUGCCGUGGUGUUAAUUGGAGGCUGGCAGCCCAGUUCCUGGGCAGUGCUCGCUCGGCAGCAAUGUUCCCAUGAUCGUUGUGCUGGUGUGCACUUCGCGGUGUCCUGGCGCCCUCGGGAUCUGUCAACUGGGCUGGGCUGCACACGUGCGACCGUGAAUGACCGCGAAUGAGAGUCUUGAGGUGCCCAUGUAGCGCCAACCCUUUGAAUGGCCCGCAUGGUACCGCGGCUGCUGCGGGGAUUUGGCUUGACGGGUGACUUACAGGGCGUCGCUGAUGCGACAUUGAGCGGAUGACAAUUGCCGUGUCGGUCGGUUUGCCCUUUGCUGAGCCUAUGAGCGGUACCUCCUUUUGGGUCUUUCCUGCUGUUCGGAGCGUCACCUUUCCGCUUUCCUUGAGACCCGUUGUAUUGUAUAAUGUACGUCACCAAAACGAUGGCCUCCAUCUGUUGAGGUUGUCCCGUUGUGAGUGGGUGUGUUACACAAACGGGCAUACGCACCGCUGUAGGGGAGGUGCGGAGUUGACUUGUUCUAUAAUGUUUAUCGAGAGGGUGUUCUAGCGCAUGGCAACGGUUUGGUAUUUUGUGGUUUUGGGUGCUUCUGCUCGAGGGCCAUGCAUGUGGGAUGGUUGCAUGCUGGUCAGGAGAUCCUUCGCGCGUAGGAGGCAGGCGGGCCACUAGACACUCGUUUUCGAAGCUUGGGCUAUCGUUUGGCACCAAGGUUCUUCAGUGUUGAGCUGUGUGCAUCGCGGUUGACGUUGAUCGUUCUGAUUGUGCCUGGGGAUGGCGCGGUUGGGAAUUUGUAUGGGUGGUUGUUAGGGUCGUUUGUGUGGGCUGGUACGUGGUUGUGUUAACGGUUGAGAGAUGCGCGAGAGCAUUGUUGUUUGAGGUUAUCAUCGUUGGUGCGCGUGAAACGACGGCAAUGUGAAGAGGGAGCGGUUCAGGUCAGGUUUUUCUUUAGUGCACUUAACUUUCUGACACGCACGAGAGAUAUAAAUCUGGCCAGGAAAUUCCGAUCUGAUGUUAUGGCUUCUUUCGUUUGUAUCGACAGUGGGUACACAGUACUGUCAAGCCUAAUGUUGGUGAGGGGUGGGCUGUUUCGCGGGCGCCUCCAACAAACACAUUGACGUUUAUCCGUAUUGGAUGCGGUGCGGGUAAGGGAAGAAGGGCGAUGUGUGCUCUACGUUGCGUUUUUGUAGUUACUGGCGCCAUUGAUUGAGCGCGUAUCAUUGAUGGGAUGUUAGCGUUGCUUGUAUCGCGGGUCUCUUCAGUGUUUCUGCUUCCGAGGGAAAGAUUUGAACGACGCAGAAAGUCGACAGGGAAGGGACGUCCAUUGGUGCGAGUAUUGCGGUGUCGCAUGUGAGAGCUUGCGGACCCUUCACGCCAGCAAGAUACGUUCCUGCGCCUUCCUUCAGGGCAGAGUCACCGCCUUUGCGGGAACGCUGGUGGGUUGCGGCACGUAGCCUACGUUCACUGCUUCCUUACUAUGGACGUAACCUGAUGCUUUUCGGUCGGCCACGGCUGGUGCGCAUGCCGCUUUAUUGGUGGCAUUUCGGACGUGGCAGCCGCAUUGCUGUUUUAUAUUUCAGAGCGUGUGUGUAUGUGGUAGUGGUAGUUUCCGGGAUGGGCCCUUCGCAUCUGUUUGUUUACCCUCGGGGCCCCUCCUGGUGCGUACGAUGCGUCAUACGCAGGGUUUCCCACAAUAACACGGCUUGCCGGCUUUUGUGCGUUUAAGGAACGUCUGCUAAUUUUCGCCAGACGUGGCAUUAGUGUUUCAAGGUGUUGGCGUUCCGCAGGUAUUUUGGCCCCACUGGCACAUAUCAUCCGUCGUCGAUUUCAUUACUGCCCAAUCGUGAAAUGCAUAAAUUCGCCGACUAUUUUAUUGCGAUGUUGUUGAUCAUCUUUUGUUAUGUGCUCCCCCCAAAAGGGAGCACACGAGGAUAAACACGAGUAUAAAAUUUCUUGGAUCUGUCGGCCUUAAUACAGGCUGUCCUUUGCAAACAUCAAAAUGUAACGCCGUACUACACCC